AUAAUAACGCGCUAGUAUGCGUUAUAACGAGAAGAUGCAGCUACGUUUUGGUGUUCAAAUAUCGUCAAUGUACGGGUGCUUUGUUCUGGCUGAUUUAUACUUACGCGCUUCCAUUUUCUUCUUUUAUUACGAUUUUACUUUGUUGUUAAGGAUACUUUAGACUUGACUUAACAGUACUUUACUGGGAUUUUUCUUCGUGUUCUUUCAACUUGUAACUCCUAGGAAGACGAAAGUAAACUGCGUGCGCUUUUCAUGAAAAGCGCCUUUUAGGCGGUUACUAGAUAUCAUAAUUCAUUUUACUGUUCAUUUUAUUUUCUUGAUAUUAUUAUAGGUAUACUUGUCUCUGUAAAAGCAUAUAUAGGGCAAGACGUUAGAAGAAGACGCGUUCUAAGCAUAUUUUAUUCAUCAUGUCUUAUAUUUUUAUAACUCUUCUUUACCUGCAAUGGUUGAAUUUGGUUUUCAGCCUUGUCAUGAAACCGGUUACUUUGGAUAAUACUCAAAAUCCCAUCAUCAAUGAAGUUGGAGCUCUGUCUUCUGAAUGGAGAAUCACCAAUGCCAAGGGAAAGCCAUUGACAGGCAGGUUUCUUCAUAUUACCGACAUGCACCUAGAUGCAUUUUAUCGAGAAGGUGCUACUGUCGACCACUAUUGCCAUGACUAUAAACACAUGAGGGACUCUUCCAAAACAUCCAAAGCCGGCUUUUUGACGCCAGGACCAGGAUUCGAGUGCGAUUCAUCACCUUCGUUAAUCGACAAAACAUUAGAAUGGUUCUCUAAGCACAUUGAAAAGGAUUAUGGAGGUAUAGAUUUUAUCAUUUGGACAGGCGAUAACUCUCGUCACGAUAACGAUAAUCACUUUCCGCGAACUAAAGGUGAAAUCAUUGCUUCGAACGAAAAAGUUGUCGACAAAAUGGUUGAAACGUUUCCAGAUGUUCCUCUUGUUGCUGCCAUUGGGAAUAAUGAUGUUUAUCCUCAUAACAUUCUAGAAGCAGGCCCCUCCUCAAUAACUCAAGCCCUUGCUGGUGCAUGGGAUGCUUUAAUUCCAACGCAAGAAAAGCACGUUUUCGAAAAAGGAGGGUAUUACAUGGUCGAAGUUAUCCCUCGGAAACUUGCUGUUAUUGCCUUUAAUUCUUUAUACUUUUCGACAAAAAAUGCAGCUGUCGAUGGCUGCCCAAAAAAGGAUCCUGAUGAGCCAGGUUCCGUUCACAUUCGGUGGCUUCGAAUUCAGUUUUCCCUUCUCAGACAGAGGAAUAUGUUUGUUUGGCUAGCCAGUCAUGUUCCGCCUACUCGUAAUCAAUGGUAUCUCGAUUGCUAUGAAGCCUUUACUGAUCUUCUGUAUGAGUUUCGAGAUGUGAUAGUCGGUCAACUAUAUGGACAUAUGAAUAUCAAUCACUUUUUCUUACUUGAGUUUGACAAACCACCAGUCGAUACUUCCUCACUACAAUCUCAAGAUUUACAAAUUGCGACAGCACAACCAAAAUAUGUUAAGUCAUUGAUUGACACUCAGUAUGCAAAACUUCCAUUUGUUCCUGAUAAACCGUCUUCCAAAUUUUUAGAAGAAACUGUCGGAAAGUAUUCUCUUGCUAGCGUUGGUGGCUCUAUCAUUCCUGAAAUGUUUCCAAAUUUUCGUAUUUACACAUAUAAUAUUUCGGGUUUGGAUUCACAAGCAUCAUGUUUGGAACAAAAUGCAGCUGUAGCUGACUCUUCCGCAAAAAAACAUACUUCUUCUGUUAAUGAUUUGUACGACAACAGCGCUACCGAAGAUGACAAAGACUUAUUGCCUUCAAACUCAAUUUAUGAGUCAAUGAAACAAAAAUAUAAAAAGAAAAAGAAAAAGCAUCGUAAAAAGAAAAAAAUCCAGCCCGGAACUUUAGGACCAGCCUAUGUUCCCAUGACUUUCACUCCAUUAUCGUUUCAGCAAAUGUUCCUGAAUACAUCGAAUUAUAUGGAUGCUACGAAUGAAACAGAAAUUCACUACAAGCUUCUCUACGAUAGCAGAGAUGAACCAUACAACAUGCCUUCCCUCACCGUUCCUGAAUACAUGCGCCUGGCGAGACGAAUUGCUGGUGUUUCCGAGUCGAAUAAGAAGAAAAAGAAAAAAAGGCGUUAUAAAAAAAUUACUUACACUUAUCUUUGGCAUGCUUAUAUCGGUGCGAUCCCUAGUUUGGGUGAUCCCGAUAACUACUAAGUUAUUUAUUAAAAAUAAUUAUAUCAUGUAAC